AGACGGAUCUGAGGAAGGUAGGAACAGCCAGCAGAGAGGGGUUUAAUGGAGAAUUAAAGAGAUUUUAAUCUUGGUUUUCUAUUUGAAGAGGUUCCCUUCCAAGGUGAAGAUGUUGCCACUAUUCCUAAGUCUAGCAUUUAGCAGUUAUGUAAUGGCACAGACAGACUGCUCUCAACGGGCAUGUUACCCCACACCAAGAGACCUAGUCACUGGUCGAGCAGAUAGACUACAAGCAUCAUCUACAUGUGGCCUUCAUGCAUCUGAGAGAUACUGCAGCCCAAGAAUGUACUAUGGACGGGAGUUGCUGCAGUGUUGCAUCUGUGACUCAAGAAAUGAAUACAAUCCUGUCUAUUCCACAAACAGUCAUCGAAUUCAGAAUGUGGCUUCUUCAGGUGCAUUGAGGAGCUGGUGGCAAUCAGAAAAUGAUCAGGAACAAGUGUCUAUACAGUUAGACAUGGAUGGAAAAUUCCAGCUUAACAAUAUUCUUCUACGAUUCAAGUCUCCACGGCCAGCAGCCAUGAUGAUUGAGCGUUCCACAGAUUUUGGUCAAACUUGGAAACCUUACCAGUACUUUGCAGAUGACUGUGCUGCCUCCUUCCCUCAAAUACAAACAGGGCAGCCUCAGAGCUUUGAUGAUGUGCGCUGUCAAGAACAGACAAGGAAUCAAGAUUCAUCAGAUGAGCAGGUUACUUUUAACCCCCUCAAAUCGGCUGAUUAUAUCAGUGGUUCAAAGAGUAACAAGAUUAACAACAUGAUGCCAUUUACAAACCUGAGGAUUAAUCUAAUCAAACCGCACAAGCCAGUUUUAUCCCAAGAGCUUAGUAACGCCAACACCUUUUAUGCUGUAUAUGAUAUGAAGGUUCAAGGCAGCUGUUUCUGUAACGGACAUGCAUCUAGUUGCACCUCAGGAGAUAACUCUGUGUAUACUCCCCGUGGGCCAAGAAAAAUGAUUCAAGAACAAUGUGUCUGUAAGCACAAUACUGCAGGUAAAAACUGUGAGGUAUGUGCAAGUUUCUACAAUGACCGACCGUGGAAACCAGCUGAUGACUACAAUACUAAUCCAUGUAAAAAAUGCAACUGUAACAAUCACUCACAGAAGUGUCGCUUUGAUCCCGAGGUGUACAGAGCCAGUGGAAGAGUCAGUGGUGGAGUCUGUGUGGACUGCCAACACAAUACAAUGGGAAACAACUGUGAAAAAUGCAAACCCUCUUUCUAUCGCAACCCACAACGAGAUAUUACAGCAAUUGAUGCCUGUGUUCAAUGCACGUGCAAUGGACUGGGAUCGCAACUUGAUGGCAGCUGUAAUCCCACCACAGGCCAAUGUAAUUGUCUACCAAAUGUGGUAGGUCCAAACUGUGACCGGUGCGCUGAGGGCUUCUGGAACUUGCGAAGAGGAAUUGGCUGUGAGCCAUGUAGGUGUGAUUCCAGAAACUCUUACAGCCAACGCUGUGACGAGGUUACAGGUCAGUGUCCGUGUAAGACAGCAAAUAGUGGAAGAACAUGUGCAAGAGCAAAUUUGCAAGAAUGCCCAGACAACUAUUACAGUUGGGGUACGGAAUGUGUACGAUGCAAUUGUGACCAAAGAGGUACCGAGGCUAGCGGAUGUGACAAGAGUACAGGACAAUGCCUGUGCCGUGCAGGUGUCACAGGGAUAUUGUGUAACCAGUGCAAGCAGCUUCGUGGUUAUUGCUCUGACUUUCCAAACUGCAACCAGUGUCACCCAUGUUUCCAGAUUGUGGAUAGUCAAAUAAGCACACUGAACAUUCGACACAAAGCCCUGGUAAACACAAAGCUGCCAGCUCAAGGGGGAAAUGAUUAUGAUUCUGAGAUACGUGACCUUGAUAACAAACUGCAACAAGUUCAAGCAAUAAUUAGCAACCCAGCUGUGACAGACAACACGAUCACCGACGUGUACAACAACUACAAUCAGCUCAGGACAGAAGCUGACCAGAUGAAUCUUGACACCAAUAUUGUGGAUCAAAGUUAUCAUUUACGCACGGAAAUGAAUGUUUUGGACAAUAAUAUAAAAAACAUCAACAGUCAAAUACAGAGCACACAAGAAAAAAUUGACAUUUUCAUCAGUGAAGGCUCACAAGGCAACCAAGGUACAUUCAACAACAUUCGUUCAUCAUAUCUACGGUCUGGAAAAGCAAGAGACAGGGUUGUUGGUGUGGAACCUACCAUUCUUAAAUCUAGAGAAGCACGGCUAACUGCAAACCAACUUACUAAACAUGUAAACACAGACAACAGAAAUAAGCUGGAGAAGCUGAAAGAUGGUCUGAAGUUUCCCAAUAUAAAUCCUCUCAUCAACAAAGUCUGUGGCGGUGGUAUGGGGGAGGCUUGCACUCCAGAAAAGUGCCAUGGUGACCUCUGUCCUGCAACUUGCGAAGGUAUCAACUGCCAGGGAACACGUCAUCUGGCUGAGAAAGCUAUUGAAGAUGCCGAGAGAGGAAGUAGUUCCCUACCUGAUAUCUCCAACAGAAUCUCACAACUUGCCAAAAGGCUUGAAAAUACCGACCAAAAAGCACAACAAAUGAAAAGCCACACUCUGCGUUUGACAAAUCAAGUUGUCUCAGCCAAAGAUCAAAUGCACAAGAACAUUGAAGACAUCAAGACUCUCAUCAACACAAUCAAAGAUUUCCUGACAUCAGCCCAGGCAGAUCCAGAUGAAAUUCAGAGAAUUAGUGAACAUGUUCUCUCCCUCAAACUUCCCACUGAUGCUGUGACAAUCCAAGAUAAGAUCACCAGUUUACGCAAUAUUGUCUCUAGGAUUCCUGAUGUCAGCGAAAUAUUAGCAAACACACAGGAUGAUGUUGCCAAGGCUAAAAUGCUUCUUGAAGAUGCAAACAAAGCCAGAGAGCGAGCUAGCAGGGUGAAGGAUAAUAUCAACGAAGUACAGGAUGUUCUGACUGAUGCCAAUGAAGCCCUGAAGGAUGUGAGUGACAUUAUUGAAGAUGCCACAGAGGAUAUUGACACAGCCCAGGAAAAAAUUACAAAGAUUGAGCACAAGCUUACCCACACAGAAACUAAUUUGCAGGAUAUAACAGAACGUCUAAGGGAUCUCACUAAUAACAUUAACAACUUGCAGAACCAAAACAAUAUUAACCGGCAGAAGGCCACAGAUUUAGAAAUCAGAGCUCUCGAUUCACGAAACAUGGGAGACAAAGCUGAACAGGAUUUCAAACAACUCGUUUCCCUGUACGAAAAAUUACAAAAUAAUAUUCCGCAAUCACUUCCAAAGGACAUGAUAGAUCGAGUAAAUCGGGUUAGAUCUGAGGCCGAUUAUUAUUUUAAAGAGGUUCAACAGAGGUUGCAGGAAAUUGCAGCAAUUGAGCAAAAUCUUGCAGAAGGAAAUAAACAGCUGGCAAUGAAAUUUGCUCAACUGGAGGAUUAUCAGGAUCAAGUGACUAAGAUCAAGAAAUACAUUGAAACUCGAGCUCAAUACUAUGACCAGUGCACACCAUAACUGUUCAGUAGCAUAGAGUGAGAUUUAGACAAGUUAUUUCCUUUACGCUCAUCUUUAUGCUUCAGUAUUAAAACUAUAAUCAGGUUGAGCCUUGAAUAUAACAUUCAAGAGAAAUGAGUGCUUCAACCCGACCUGGAAAUAAUUUUGACCUCUGCAAACAUGAUUAAGAAAUACCGUGAUGAACAUUUUCAUUUGCACUUUCUGUCUUUACAUUAGAACGAGCUCAACAGUAAUGAAUACAAAUUUAGAUUACCAGGCUUUAGAAUAAGAGCCUUUAUUUUCAAAGUUAAAUCAUUCAUAAACCAUCUAAAAUAUGAUAUUGUAUUGGGUUGCUGUAAUUCAAUAAAUGUUAAUUUAUCACAA